GCCUGUUGCCCCCUCGACUAUGAGAACCCGGAACACCGUCGAGGCUUCCGUUUCAGGGUGCAGGUGACUGACAUGGGAACAGGUGGGUGGCUGGAGAAGUACCAUGUGGACAGUACGUGGGUGAACCUUCAACUAGUGGAUGCCAACGAUAACUCACCCACCUUCACCCAGGACCAGGCUCACCUGACACUACCAGAGGACACACCUACUGGCACCCACCUCGUCACCUUCACCGCCCAUGACAUUGAUGGGGGAGGAGAAAGCAGAGUGAACUACACCAUCGCCCCGGCCAGCGACCCUGGCGGGUUGUUCCACGUGGACGGCACGGGCGGGGUGGUGCUGGUGGGCGGACUGGACCGCGAGACCAACCCCGCCCACACGCUGCUGGUGUGGGCGGUGGACGACGGUGCGACGCCCAGGACAGCUACAGCCACCCUCACGGUGAAUAUAACAGACGUGAACGACAACCCGCCGUUCCUGGCGGAGCCGCGGGAGGUGCAGGUGGUGGAGAACGCCCCUCCGCAGGUGGUGGCCAGGGUCAGACUAGGCGACCCUGACGACUGGCAGAGGGGCCACGGACCACCCUUCACCAUCAGCCUCGACCCCAGGGCUCCACCACACAUACGAGCUGCUAUUCAAGUCAAGUUCGACAAAAGAGGCGACGAGGGACGCGGUCUGGGAGUGGUAUCGACGACGGCGCCGCUGGACCGAGAAGAACGACGUGCCCUGCUGGUGCCGCUGGUAGUAGGGGACGACGGGUCGCCGCCCCUCACUGCUACUGUCACACUCACCCUCCAUGUCGCUGACCUCAACGACAAUCCCAUGGCUCCCGCCGCCAAGACCAUCACUGUCCAUACUGUCCAGCCACAGAGUGGGGAGGUUCCCCUGGGAAGGGUCUACGUGAGGGACCCUGACGACUGGGACGCUGCUGCCAAGACCUACGCCUGGAGAACUAUGCCUCACCCCAGUUUCACCCUCAACGCCACCACCGGCACCCUCGCCAUGAUGCCCAACACCCAGGACGGCAGGUAUGACCUGGGCUUCACCGUGAGUGACGCUAGCCAAGGUCAGACUGGGGUCAAGGCCAACGUCACAGUGAAGGUCAAGUCAAUGAGUAGGAGUGAGGUGAUGGGAGCGACGCCCCUCACCCUGGCAGCUGACCCCUACCAUGUAGUGAAGGAGGGGGCGCAGGAAGGUUCGUCAAUACUGCGGCGGCUGGUGGUGGCAGCCAGAGCCUGGGUUCAAGGUAGUGACGUGGGUGUGGAGAGCAGCAGCGCCAUGGGAGUGGGCGUACAGGUGGUUUCAGUACACCAGCUGGGAGAACAAGCCACCACGACCACCAGCAGCGCUGCCCCUACGAUCACUACCACCACUACCACAACCACAUCCCCUACUACCACCACUACUACCACCUCCCCCGCGGCAACCAGAGUCUGGCUUACUUCUCCAGGGGUGGCAAAUCUUCACCAUAUUCUUCUACAUCGGAGAGAGGAGCUGGGACAGGCUGUGGGAGUGAGUAUAACAGAGGUUGGGGUAGGGAUGUGUCGGGAGACCGCCAGUGAGAGUUGCAAAAGUGGAUGCUGGGCGCAAGCGUCCCUCAGUGGACGCUUUACAGUGGUGGACGCCAAUACCUCUGCGGUGGUGGGGCCUUGGUUAGACGUCCACACCGGCUGUGGUUGUCGUGAAGGGACACAAGAGGACACCUGGACUAUAUGCACCGCUAACACUUGUCUCAACAGCGGGCGCUGCCUCCCGACACCCACUGGCACAAGAUGUGUUUGUCCCUAUGGCACCCAGGGUUCACGCUGUAAGAUCCUCAGCAGAUACUUCGAAGGUGGAGGUGGUGGUGGUGGCGGCGGCACUUCUGGGGAUGGCAGGGAGGGCAAGACUGUUGCUGGAGGCUGGGCCUGGGUGUCCUCCCUGCCAUCCUGUACGGAGGUUCACCUCAGCCUCGAGUUCCUCACGAGCUCCGAGGAUGGCACACUCCUGUACUCAGGUCCAGAUAACUUACCCCCUGUCCUAGGAGCUCCUAAUGACGUGGUGGCUCUGGAACUGAGAGCAGGUCAUCCCUCCCUUCUGCUGGACCUAGGAGCUGGCCCUGCCUCCCUCACCCUCAACGCCUCCUACUCCCUAGCAGACAACACCUGGCAUAGACUUGACCUCAUCUGGAAAGACGAGCUGGUGGAGAUGAUAGUCGACCUGUGUUCUGGAGGCAGCAUAGAUGGCCCCCUCGCCGCUCCCAAGACAUCCGCACUCAACGCUUCUACUGUGCCCACGCCCUCGCCGCCCAUACCCCCGGAUGCUCACACGUGCCGGGGAGCUGCCAGGUUGCCCAGUGGUGCCCACAUGCUGAAUGCUGCCCAGCCUCUCCAGGUGGGCGGACUGGCCCACCCGGCCCCCGCCCACGGGGUGUAUGGCUGGCCAGAGCCUCUCAUGGCUCGUCCCUUCCAUGGCUGUGUCAGGAACCUUAGAGUUAAUGGAGAGCUAGUAGACCUGGGAAGAGAAGUGUUGAGCCAGCGCAGUGUGCCCGGGUGUCCCUCCGCGGAUUGUGCAUCCAGCGGCCUUAACUGUGGCGUCCACGGCAGGUGCCAAGGCUCUCCAGGUUACCUGAGGUGUGAGUGCUUACCUGGUUGGACGGGUGAGGACUGUGCCACACCCACUACACCCGCAGCCUUCCAGAUGAACAGCUACGUCAAGUUAGCUCUCUCCUUCACACCCCUGGCUUACACCACCACCGUCCACCUCAGGUUUCGCACGUGGAGGAGGAAAGGUGAGCUGGUGGUGCUGUCCUCCCAACACGGUCGAGACACCUUUGCCGUGCAACUGGUACAAGGUCGACUGUGUGUGGUGCUGCAGCUGCACCCAGACCCUCCCAGGUCCUUGUGUCUCGCCCGGGCCCAGCUCACAGACGGUCGCUGGCAUGCGGUCACUGCCUCCAGACACGGCUCGGCGACCAUCUUGACAGCAGAUGACGGGGAAGGGGAGUUAUACAAUGCCUCUGUCUCGCUGGAGGGACGGCAGCUGCUGGAGGUAGACAAGCAGGAGGGUGUCCAUGUAGGAGGCUCCCCGGAGUACAUGGGUGUCAGCGUCUUCAAGAUCCACGGAGAUUACCGUGACGGAUGUAUUGACGACGUGAGAAUUUCCGGAAGGAGCGUCCCGCUGCCUCCUGCCGUCAACAACACCUCCUGGGGCCAGGCCAGUAUGUUUAAAGGCGUGGAGAAGGGCUGUAAUGCACCUUCAGCCUGCACUAACGUCACCUGCAGAGCUCCUCUCACCUGCGUCGACACCUGGAGGUCCUACCACUGCGGGUGUGGUGAGGGUCGUGUUCUGUCAGCCUUGAAAACGACCUGUGACGACGAGAACGAGUGUCUCUGGGAGCCUUGUCUCAACGGUGGUACCUGUUACAAUAAACAUUCAGCUGGCUACAUGUGCGCUUGCCCGAGUGGGUUCAGCGGGCAACACUGCCACCUACCAGACGUGGGUGAGACUUCACUAAAACUCUCCCUCGGAGCAUUGGUUGCAAUACUUGUGUGGUGCACAUUUCUCCUGCUACUGAUCUGCGCCUUUCUGCUGCACCAACACAACAGACGCUCGGCUCUACGCAGGGGCAUGGCAGACGUGAAGGAGAGCACCAUGAAUUGUAAAGAGGAGUCGGCAGGUCCCUGCAACCACACUCCCAGCUUGCUGGAGCUUCAGCUGCUGAAGCCUCCUAAGGCCAACGGCCAGCCAGCCUGCAUAAAACAACCCAACAUCGCAGACGUGGAUGUGCUGCAAGUAGACGCCUCCUCCGUAGCCAGUAUCACCAAGACCCACAAGCAGGAUGGAACCCAGUUUUCGAUGGACGGGAGUCACCGGCGAGCGGGUAGUAUGGGCGGCAGCGAAAGCAUGGGCGGCAGCGACAGGAGAGGAAGCAGCAAGAACGGCAGCUGUAGAGGAGGGCUGGGUAACUCUCCUGUCAGCGACGACCUGAGAAACUACGCUUACGAAGGUCUUGAGACGUGCAGCGGCAGCACCAAACUUCUGGGAGGGUUUCGUGAGGUGGCCCAAAUACUGGAGUCGUGGGACCCUACUGGUUCCCAUUCCAUCCAAUCACCGGUCAACAAAGGCAAAACAAACACCUCUCCACCAAUCACAACAAUUCGCUGUGACAUCCACAAGUCCAGUGGUCAGAACGGAGACAUGACUACACCCGCAGUGUACCCAGACCCACUUCCUGCACCAAUCAGCGACAGGCUUACAAACACAAUACUCCCAGAAUCCCUGGAUAUAACAAUCCCCAUGCCCAUUCCCGAGCCACCACGUGCCUUCAAGACCAAAUAAGUGACUUAGUUCACAUAUAAAAUUACCAAAAUAUCCUUAAGUGUAUACAGCUACUUACAUUUUUCCUUACCAUAUCAUACCAAUAAUAAUUUCAACGUGCUAAGAUUAAUAUAAGAUUUAUUUAUAAACAGCGUAAACUGUCAAAUUAUUUUGUCCAGAUAAUCAUUUUACAGAUUUAUCUUUUUCUUCUCUUCUUAAUCACUUUCUCUAAACAGGAUUCGUGUAUUUAUUUUAGCACAUUGUGUACAGUAGUUGGGUUGAAGAAUUAGACACAUGUGCAACGUCUGGGUAUCUUUAUUGUGGACGUUUCACCAUCCAGUAACUUUAUACAAAUUCAAGGACAUAAUGGGAAGACUAUAGAACUUUAUGCAAAAGAGCACCGGAGGGACUGAUUACCUGUCUUUUGUAUAUAGUUCUAUUGCCUUCCCAUUAUGUCCUUGAUUUUGUGUUGAUAAAACCACCAGAGGGUGAAACGUCUAUAAUACCCAAAUGUUGCACAUGUGUCUAAUCCUUCAUCUUGUUGGUAUUGUAUACCAUACAUUUACAGUAGUUGGGUUGUGUGAUUAAAAAUGAUCUUCACCAAGAAUUCCACCGCUGUAAACCUGCUUAGAACAAGUCAUUAGAGUGAAAGCCUCGUCAGGGAGGCUUCAGGUACAUAAUAAGACUUUGUGUGAGAUGAAAGUUUUUUGCGUCCAAUUUUCGUUUUUGAUUUUUAGAAUACCAGUCGAUUAAAAAAUAAUAAAUGUUGCAUUACGUUGAAUAAUGUUUAUACAUAUGAGCAAGAAAGCUAGAAACAAAGUCAAAAGUCACACCGGAAGAAGCUGACCUGAUCCUCGUCCCAAGUCUUGUACUGAUGCAGCAACGACCAUGUGAAGAGGUACACUGGACACUGCGCCUCACUGUACUUGUUAAUCGCCAUGGGCCUGGUUAGAGACGUGCAGGGCCAGCUUGAUGGUGGCGAAGGGCUCUUGGUCCGUAGAACCGGAGACACCCUUUCCUUCCUGGGAUUAAACCUGAUUAACUCUCAUUCCCUAGACUCUGUUUAACCUUUACGGAUGUAAGCCUUACCCGCGAACACUACAAUAAUAAGUUAGGCAGGCACUCCCUAGCAGUCUUGCAACUAGCUCUCCUGAUCACAGUCAACCCUCUGUAAAACAAACUAAAUUUUACCAUAACGUGAAUGUAACAAUCUGAAAAUUAAGUACGUGAUUUGUUUUUCUCAUUAUAUGUGUUCCUUGUUCUUCUGAUAAUCAUAAAUUCUAUGCAGGAGACACCAUAUUAGUCCUGCGCUAUAUAUAUAUAUAUAUAUAUAUAUAUAUAUAUAUAU